AAUUCAAUGACAGUCAUAUAAAAAUGUGUAUUGAGAAAAGUAAAACAGUACAGAAUAGAAGGGGCAAUUCUGUUGUUAUAGCUGCUACAGGCUUUAUAUAACCAUGAGUACUAGGAGGUUUCUGUUAUAUGUUAAAGCAGCGAGUAAUGGCAAGGACAUUGGCGAUUGUCCUUUCUCCCAGAGAGUUCUGAUGUUUUGCAAAUUGAAAGUGCCAUCAGAUAAAAUAGACAUAACGACAGUUGAUAUUGCAAAUAAAUCAGACGAAUUCAUACGUCUUAAUCCUGGUGGAACAGUUCCUGUGCUUGUCGACAUUAAAAAUGAAAAUAAAGUUAUUGCCGAUUCAGCAGAUAUUACCAGAUAUUUAGAUAAUGAAUUUCCUGAAUGUGAUUGCAAAGUAGGUUAUACAGGACCCGCGCUUGAUGUAUGUUCCGGAGUUUUUCCAAAGUUAGCAUCAUUACUGAAAAAUGAAGAUCAAGAAAAAAACGAUUCCUUGAAAACUGAAUUAAUUUCGGAAUUAUCAAAAGUGAAUGAAUAUCUCAAAAGUGAUUCUCAUAAAGGCAAAUUUCUCAUUGGAGAAGAAAUGAAUGAGAUUGAUUGUAUGUUUUUGCCCCGUCUUCGACACGUCAUAGUUGCAGCAGACCACUAUGCGGGUAUCAAAAUUCCAGAUGAAAUGACUGCGUUAAAACAGUAUGUCGAUGAUGCUUACAAGACGGAGACAUUCUCUGCAACAUGUUGCCCAGAUGACGAAAUAAUAAAAGGAUGGUCAAGACAUUUCUUCUGAUUUUGAGUCUGAAAAUUAAAUUUCAUACAAACGGUUAAAA